AAUAACAGAGGUAAAAGUUGAAAACCAGUGCUUAACCAAAGAGAACUUGGCCUUAAAGGCCAAAUUUGACUUUCUAAAUCAGAAAAACUCAGCUAAAAUAAAUCUGAAAAGCAACGAAGAUAAGAAGAAGUUUGCUCAUAAAUUAUUCGAACAUGAAGAUUAAGUCUAUAGUAUAUCAAACAAUAAAUGCAGCUAUGCAUUCAGAGCCCUUUAGGAUGCAUCUCGAAGGUUUCGUAAUUGGCAAAUCUCUCUGUACACUAAUUCAAGAGUUCUUGGCCCAAUAUUGAGACUUUGACCACAAGAGGUAUCAUAACAAAGAAGAUCAAAGAAAAUCCUGAUGAAGUUAGAUUCUCUACUAUGGAUCAGGCCUUUGAACAUAUUGAAGAUUUCAGUGGCGGACGAAUCGAUUAUAUCACUGCCAAGUUCACAGAAAUCAUUGAAAACAUUGUAAAUCGUGAGACAAAGCUGUACCAAUGUUGUCACAAGGACAUGCACAUCUCAGAGUUCCUCAAAAGGUGUCGAGUCAAGAAGAGGCAUUGUAAAUAUACAAAAGUCAAUAACUCCGAAGGAAAAGUUUGUCCAUCUCGGCCUUAGUGAAGGUGCCAUCAACUUUAUCGAACAGAAUGGAAGUGCUCUUAAGACCAUUAGAAAUAGAAUCCAGAAGAUGCAAGUACAAACUCCCUUCACCAUGUAGGGUUAAAAGGCUUGUUAAGUGCAAGACUGAUUUAUUCAAAACUUAUGCUGAUAUGAAGUCUAUCUAUCAGGACUCAACUACGAAUCAUCUUUACUCUAAGGAAGAUAUCAUUCGAAUCACAGACUUGAUCUAUGAACUGAAAGAGACUAAAUACUUUUCUUCUGAAUAUCUUUGGCUAUCUUAAGCAUUGUGAAGCACAGAAAAUAUCUGAUGAGAAAUUAAGUGGCAUUGGAAAUCACAACUCUUUAUUUAAUGAUAUCUAUCUUUCUCGGGCACACCACUGGUGACUAAACUCUUAGCUUGAAGGCCUAGAUCUAAGCUGGUAAGACUUUCUUUUGGUGACUGAAUAAAUGUUUCAUUCAA